UAAAAGUGUAACUUGUUUGUCUAUGCCAUAACCUCAAACUAAAACGUCAUAACGUCAGUAUCGUACCUUUAAAAUUUAAUAUUUUAAGUAUUAAAUCGUGUUAAAAUUUCGAUAUAUUGAGUAUCAUUCUAAAAUGGCAAAGCCUGUGGACCUAGAAUUGAAAAAAGCAUUCGUUGAAUUGCAAGUAAAAAUGGUAGAGACCAGUAAGAAGAUCCAGGUGAUAGACAGCCAAAUUGGUGUCUUGAAAAGAGUGUUACAACAUGCAGACAUUACUCAGCGAGAGAUCAGUACUUUACCACCAGAAACCAAAACAUAUGAGUCUGUGGGCAGAAUGUUUCUUUUAACGGACUUGGCUGAAAUCAAAAGUAAUCUUAGCAAUAGGACUGCUCUCCUAACUUCACGGACAGUGGAGCUAGAGAACAGCAAAGAAUAUUUAGAGAAGAACCUUAAAGAAAGCGAGAACAAUAUCAGGGAGAUGGUACAGCAGAAGAAAGAACAAAGCGAGGCCAAGUAACUUUAAUUUUGGAAUUAUGCUUAGGAUAUUGGCUUCAAAGCCUAAUAUAGUCACUUUUAAAUAUCAAAAUAACCUUUUGCUAUGUUUUUAAUAAACAUGUAUUCUAAUUAAUAUAGGUAAGCUUCCCCAAGCAGUCAUUGAUGGCAGAUAGGGUUUACAAUAAUUGUUAGUUGCAGUUGCUACCAUUUUCUUUUCUUAUAAAACCGUGCUUUAAGACUAACUAUAAGCAACAUGGCAAAUUUCUAUGAUUUGAAAAGCCUAACUGAAUUCUCUUGUUUAUAUACUGAUCUAAGGAUGCAUUUACUGAAUGGCAAAAAUUAUCAGGCACAACUUAAAAGCAUUAAUAUUAUAUAUUUGCUUUUUUUUUUAUGCAUUUAGUGUACCAACCUUAUCAUAAAUAUACUAUAAGAUAAAUACAAUAGUAUACAAUUUGAAAAGAGUGUGACAAAUUUAGUGUUAUAAAUAGAAAUUGUGAUUUCAACAUGUUGUAACUCAUAAGUUUGGUGUUUGGGGGAUGGUAUUUAAACUUUGCUAAUUAAAUAAUAUUAUGUAUUCAGAUAAAUAGACAUGUUGGUUUCUUAAGAGAAGGUUGUUAUAGUGGUUUAUGUUUAUGGUGUCUUACAUUUUGUUUAGGCAAAUGGAUCUCAUUGGGCUCUUGCCUUGUAUUGUACAGGGCUCUAACAACAUUCUCUUUUUUGAUUAUCCAGUCGUAGAUUAAUUAUUUAUUAGUCAUUCAUAUUGUGUGUGUUCCCGGGUUCAAUCACUUAUAUGGGGCAAUUUAAGAAUUUAUAACUUAUGUAUUCUCUCUGGUGUGGCCUGGUUGGACCCUUCACCUGUGGUUAGUUACUACACUACCUAUAAACAUUUUUGAUGGAUUUA